AUGUACUAUCGGGACCGCAAAGUCGUAAUCACAUUGACGGCGCAGGAGCCUGUUUCCGAUGUGUUGGAACGGACCAUCACCCUUGAUUAUGAUAGAGUGAAGAUGCCCAUCGGCCGAUCAAGCAGUAGGGUGGCUUCGGUUGCACCGAGGCCAGACAAUGCUUUUUAUGAGAACCCCGUGAUGAGUCGCUCUCACGCAGAGCUACAUGCCGAUCUGAGAUACCUGCGUCUUUACGUCCGCGAUGCCCGGUCAUCUCAUGGAACGCUGGUGAACGACACCAGGAUCGAACCGGCAGUCCAGCAUCCGCUCCGCGAUGGGGAUAUAUUGACUUUUGGAGUGGCUAUCCGACACGGGACCGAUGUGAUCGCCCCAGUUCGAGCAAAGAUUGGCCUUAGGUUUCUUCAAUCCAAUACUAGAUCUAUCGGUGAAAGGGUACAAGGGACAUUUACCGUCCCAGACGACGACUCCGCCGAUGAAGAAGAAGCAACGGACCUCGUCAGCCGCGCCGUAGGGAUUCUGCACCGGUGCGGUGUCUCUGGCGCAAACUCGGGUGUUGUCGACCUUACAGAUGACUCUAGGCCCCCUCCGGUGCUUCACCCGCUAAGCAACGGACUCAGCCUAUCGACAGGCGAUUUCGGCCAUGGCUUAUCAGAAGAGGUCGUAGCUAUCGUUGACAGUCAGACUUCAGAAGAUUCAUUGGAGGUUGAGCCCGAAACCUCCGAGGCCUCUGAGAACCAUACCCCCGUCGACGGUGGCCUGGAUCCUGCAAUAGACGGCGAGGUUGAUGAUAAGGUCGAUGACGAGGUCGAUGACGAGGCUGAUGAAGAGAUCAAUGAUGGACUUAGCGAAGCGGUCAACGGGGUUGUCAACGAGGGCUAUCCCAGUGCCGAAAGUCUCGACAUCCCUGAAACAGAAGAAAGUAGCGCUGUUGAGGACCAUGAAUCUUUUGCAGCUUCAACAUCACCAGGUGUUGUCAUUGAUGCAGACGCUACUUUGCUAGAUCUGAAUGAUCUUCAAGAGGCUGAUCUUCACGAGCCUGUACCCGAGGAUCCUAGCGUCGAGGAGCACAAACCCCUAGAAUCAAGUCCUCAGGGCCCCAAAACGGAAGAGGCUCGAUCCACUCCUGACGACAGCAGCAGGAAGAGGAAGAUGGACGAAAUCUCCACAGCAUAUACCGAGGCCGUCCAUCCCUCGCCGCCGCGGUUCGGCGAGUCCUUUACGAAUACUAAUGAGGCCACAUCGCCUCUUCCUCUCCAGGAUGGGCAGGAGGCGCUAGAUCGGCCUGUGAAGCGAGUUCAAACAGACUGA